AUGCCAUUAAUUUUGGCUAUUUUCCAUUCUUUAAUGCUCAACUUUCUUAUAAUUAUCAUCUAUCUAAUAAUCAAAACCCAUUCAUGGACUUGGGAAGAUUAUCCAUCCCCUAGAGAAGCUACUUAUUUCAAGUGUGGUAUCCAGAACCGAACUUUUGUUUGUGAUCCUGAUGGGAUGCUGACUGAUCAACAGAGGAAGGAAAUUGUAACAUUGGUUGAGGAUUUCAAGGAGAAAACUAAAAGACCACUUUCAACAAUUCCUUGUAUGAGAGAAGGUCUCAGACUUGUUGUGGCUUUAGCAAAAGACAAGAUUGGCCCUGAAGAUGGUUCAAAUGGACUAACAUAUUUAUGCAAAAACGAAAGAAACUGGACUUCAUCUUAUAAGACAACAUGCGACGCAGAUGUACAGGGUAUUGAAUUAAAUACAGAUGGGUUUCGUUAUUGCUAUUCAAACACACGCUGGUUAAUGCCCCUUCAUGUAGAUGAAUAUGAAUGGCUUGGCAAAGAGGAUCAUCAUUUAAAAAAUAAAAAAUAUUAUGAUGCCCUGAAGGAUUAUAUUGAAAACAUGCAAAUGCUUUACAUUCACCGCUUCUCAAUUUUCGAUAAUAAGGAUCCUAAUGAAGAUAUAGCUUCUCAACAGUCUUAUAAUAAAGUGGGCCGACAUUCUCUGCCCCUUAUGAGCAGGGUGGACCCUCCCAAAUUGGUGGCCCUUCCAUUCCCUUUCCUUUAUCCCUUCCAAUGGCCCUUCCAAUUAUUCGAUUCCCUUCCAACUUCCCUUCCAAAUUACCAAAAGGAGGCAUAGCCCAUCAAAAAGGAGGCAAAAGGGGUCAAUGUAGAAAAGGGGAGAAAAGGGGGGCGAGACGGUCAAAAAGGGACAAAUUCCUCC